UUUUCCCUCCUAUAAAUAAUAAUCACCGGUCGACCUCCUUACAUCUCAAGAGACAAGAGAACUUUCGAUAUCAUAGUGUCACAAUAUUAGAUCAAUCGUCAAAAGCUUCAGCCAUGUCGAUCAUUCCAAGCUUCUUUACAGGCAGAAGGAGCAACGUAUUCGAUCCCUUCUCCCUCGACAUCUGGGACCCUUUCCAGGGCCUUUCCAGUGCUCUCAGCAACCUUCCCGAAUCAUCACGUGAAACAGCAGCAAUCGCCAAUACCAGAAUCGACUGGAAGGAGACGCCGGAGGCCCACAUUUUCAAAGCGGACUUGCCUGGGCUGAAGAAAGAGGAGGUGAAGGUGGAGGUUGAAGAAGGAAGGGUGUUGCAGAUCAGCGGAGAGAGGAGCAGGGAACAUGAAGAGAAGAACGACAAGUGGCAUAGGGUUGAGAGGAGCUCCGGGAAGUUCUUGAGGAGGUUCAGGCUGCCGGAAAGUGCAAAACUGGAAGAGGUGAAAGCUAGCAUGGAGAACGGCGUGCUGACAGUGACCGUGCCCAAGGCGGAAGAGAAGAAGCCGGAAGUGAAAUCCAUUGACAUUAGUGGUUAAGGAUUUACAGAGCUGCUAAUAUAUUAUGAGUAUUAAGUGUGUUUAAUAAUUGCAUAAGUUAAGAAAUUGUGUUGUAGAAUUGUUGUCCUCGUUUAAUUAAGAUGAUGUGAUCUGAUUUCUAUACGAUAAUGUUGUAUUGACUUGUUUGCUCUAA